AUGGUUAUGAUAACCGCAUUGACAGUAUUACAUUUUUUUGCAUAUGGUAGUUAUCAAACAGAUAUAGGACAAAAUUUGUAUGUUGCUAUAAGUCAAGCAUCUUUAUCUAGAUGUAUUAAUGAAGUAGUAGAUGCAUUAAAUCAGGCAGAUAUAAUGAACCAGUGGAUUAAAUUUCCCAGAAUUUUAAAUGAAUUAAAAUAUUUAAGACAACAAUUUUAUGAUAGCCAUAGAUUUCCUGGAGUAAUUAGAUGCAUAGAUUGCACUCAUGUAGCUAUUUUUCCACCAAAGAUUCGUGAUGCUAUAAAUCCUGAACAUUUAUACGUUAAUAGAAAAGGAUAUCAUUCCAUAAAUGUACAAUUGGUAUGUGAUUGACGUUUAAAAAUAUUAAAUAUAAAUGCUCGCUACCCUGGAAGCACACACAAUACAUACAUAUGGAAUAAUUCUAAUUUAAAAGUAGGAAUGGAAAGAAUCAACAGAUAG